CGCAACUCUGAAAUAAAGUCGUGUUUUGGUGCUCCGUGGGAAUAAAAACACACUACAAAGCCAAAAUGGAGAGCUUGGUGCAUUACAGCAACCCUGCGCAUGCCAUUUCGCUGCUGGGUGUCCUCAAUGAGCAGCGACUGAAAGGCCAACUUUGUGACAUUGUGCUUGUCGUGGGGGACCAGAGGUACCAGGCCCACAGGAGUGUGCUCGCAGCAAGCAGUGAGUAUUUUCAAUCUCUGUUUGCCAGGAGGGACUCGGAGCACCGUACGGCUGUCCAGCUUGACUUCUGCGAGCCAGAGGCCUUUGAGAUAGUGCUGAACUACAUCUACUCAUCCUCACUGUUUGUGGAUAAAUGCAGCUUGGCUGCCAUCCAAGAGCUUGGUUACAGUUUAGGAAUUCCCUUCCUGACCAACAUCAUGUACACAAGACCUCAGGUGUCCUACUGCGUUUCCAGGAAGAGAAUGUCCUUUUCAGAAGAGGACGACAGCACUUACCAGAAGAGGAGCGUUAUCGUACGACAAGGACACGGCGAUCAGCCCGACGUGGGCAUCUCGCAUCGGAGAGCUUUACAUCAGCACGGAAAAGCACUCAAACAGUCUACCCCAAUGAGCACCGAGGAGACCCCACCUACCCACCCUUUCAAAGAACGAGGCAAUUUUUCAGGGCAUGCAAAAUCAAAUGCAACUGAGAGAAGCGCUCCUAUUAUCAGCAGAACAUCUGAAAAACUCUCAAAAGAGUCUGAUUCUAAACCUAUUAGUUCUACUCCAGCCUCAAUCCUGAAAGGACAAGCAACAACAACACCAUCUGUCAGGCCACAGUUGACCUCCUCUGUAUCUUUUAGUGAAUCCCAAAUACAUUAUGCAAGAUUACCACCGGAUCCAGCUUGUGACGCAGCAGAGGACCAGUUGGAGCCGUUGUACAGUGCCAAGCCAGCUUUUUCAAGCCAUCAAGGUGAAAACAAACAAACUGUUGACAGGAGUGGCCCGCUUAUUAAAAGUCUUCUGCGUAGGUCCUUAUCUAUGGAUAGCCCUGUUCCUGUCUUCUCUCCAGCUCUUGAGCUGAAAGAUUCGCAAAGCAGAGAACAGUCUGUGGUAAAACUGGUGUCAAAAAGGACAGAGUCACCUCCCUCAGAGAGCAAGCAUCAGGCAACAAAGGGUGUUCCGCCACUGAUACUCAGGUCGACAGAGUCUGACACAUGUAAGAAAGAAGACGCUCAGGGAGCUGAGGUUCAUGUGAAAACAGAACCGAGCAGCCCUCUGGCUGACCCCUCUGAUAUCAUUCGUAUUACGGUUGGAGAUAAUUUACCGGUAAACCUCAGAGACUUUCAGAUGAACUUUGAUGAGAGCUCCAGAGGCUACAUCAAUCAUUCUGCAAAGAGGAAGGUCAAAAUGGACAGUAACAGCAGCCCAUAUAAGAGGUCGAGGGGUAAAAAUGAAGCUCACCUUGCACAGGACGAUGGCACGCUUGCCGAUGCAUCUUUCCAUUCCAAAGUGGACAACGGUAAUGAGGAGCCAGGUGAAUUGAGGCCAAACAAAAUGUUUAAAUGCUGGAACUGUCUGAAAGUAUUCAGAUCAAAUGCAGGUCUGUAUCGUCACGUCAACAUGUAUCACAACCCAGAAAAGCCGUACGCCUGUGAUAUCUGUCACAAGCGUUUCCAUACCAACUUCAAAGUCUGGACCCACUGCCAAACACAGCACGGCGUUGUACAAAACCCUGCCCCCUCCUCUAGCGCCUACUCAGUGUUGGAUGAAAAAUUUCAGAGGAAGUUGAUUGAUAUAGUACGUGAGCGUGAAAUAAAGAAGGCCUUGAUUUUGAAGCUCAGGAGAAAUAAACAAGUUUUGCAAUCUCAACCAUUCGGGAAAAAAAGUCGAAGGUCAAGAUCUACCUAUGGGUGCCCUUACUGUGGAAAAAUCUUCUGGUUUCAGUCCCAGUUUAAGCAGCACCUCAAAAUGCAUUCACCAGAGAAAUCUAACCAAGACGGAGAGGGGGAGAGUGAUGUGCACGAGAAGCGAGACCAGGUAGAUCCCCUUAAAGUGAACCAAGGAAACGAUGUGUACUCUUGUAGACUGUGCAGUGAGAAACUUUCUUCUCCAACUGAACAAGGGGAGCAUGAGAGGGGUUGCAGGUAUGCAACUGUUUGCCCCUAUUGUGGACUCAGAUUCUCUAGCACAUUAGUUAAAAAAGACCACGAGGCCCAUUGCAAGUACAAAAAGCUGACUUGCCUUGAGUGCAUGCGAACUUUUAAAUCCUCCUUCAGCAUAUGGCGGCACCAGGUAGAGGUUCACAACCACAACAUGAUGACUGUUAGGGAGCAACUCACCCUUAGCCACCAGGAGAAUAGUGGUGAAGCCAAAGACCCCAUAGCUCCAACCCCUUCCGAGGAGCACACUGGAGCAGGCAACUCCAGAGAGGACACCGCCGUUUAUAGCGACUCCUCAGCUCCACCUAUGUUUGAUUCAGAAGAUUCCUCGUCGUACGUCCCAGAGGACCUCAGCACUGGGCACCAUCAGGGAGAACUGCAGGUGAAGGAGGAGCCGCAAGAAGAGGCGGUCUCCGACCGGGAGACCGCGGCCGCCGUGCCCGUCGAGUCUGAAGAGCGAGACGUGUGGCCGUGUGAGAAAUGCGGCAAGCUCUUCAGGACGCACAAAGAUCUGGAACGACAUCAGGAGCUGCUGUGUCACAUCAAACCUUUCAUCUGUCACAUCUGCCACAAAGCUUUCAGGACCAACUUUCGCUUGUGGAGCCACUACCAAUCUCACAUGUCCACACCUGACGAACUUGGGACGAGAGGGUUCGACAGGCGACCGUCAUCUCCAUCUCCUUCGCCGCCCCUGUCCACGCCCACCACUGCAGGGCCUCCUGCACAGCCGGCAUCUCCACCCAAAGUUCCCCAGCCUCGGGACUUGAAAGUGACCCCCACUGAAGAGGAGCCUAGCGGCUCUUCCUCGAUUACCAAACACCAGAGGCCGGAGCAGGACAAACUAGAGGAUAAUGAUGCCUCUCUGGCCAAGGUGGAUACCACAGAUAAGCCUCUUGCACCUCAGGAAUCAGACACGUUGUUUUACCAUGCCCCCACUCUCUCAGCCCUAACAUUUAAGCGGCAGUAUAUGUGUAAGCUCUGUCACAGGACCUUCAAGACUGCAUUCAGUCUCUGGAGCCAUGAACAGAGUCACCUGUAAGGUUGCUAUGGCAAGUAUUAAACUCGUUCUAGCUGCUAAAUUGUAGCCCAUUUCAACAAUAUUUGUA